AUGCCCGACGCCGUGUUGCACAGCGACAGCACCGUGAGGUUCUGGCGACAAAACACGAAAAAUUUGUUCAGAACGUUUGUUCCUGAACAGCAACAGCAACGCCCGUCAAUCUCGUGCGGCGCGUGCGACGUCGCUGUAAUGGGGCCGGCUUUGACCGCUGGAGUGCGCCGCUGCGGACAGGGGCCCACCAGAGCCUGCAGGCCUAUUAAUCACCUGAUAUCUACUUUAAAGCAGAAGAAUAUGAAGCCAAAGUGGGAAUGCUCUCUACAGAGUUUGCGACAAGACGAGGGAUGUCGCGUGAAAUGGUGGAGGGAAGAGGGCGGCUGGCAGCAGGGAGACCGCAAUGCGGGGCUACGGGACUGACUGUCGUGGAAACGAGAGUGAUAGAGAUCAAUAAAAUGAGAGGGAGAAGUUCAGACGUACAACAAAUAUAUGUAGAAGGAGCGGUUCACGAGAUUUGAUUUUAGGGAAUUGCAUUCAUAGAAGUCAAACUUGUGAAUGAUUUGUCUUCAUUUUCAUCCUCUUUGAUUUGUCUAUUAAUAUAAUAUGUGUGUUUCUGAUUUCACAAUUGCAAUAAAAGAUCACCAGAUUUCCAUCUAAAAUCAAUUUCAUCGGUAAAAUUUGACUUCUGGAAAAUGGCAUCGCUUCUGGGAUAUGGUCGAAUAAACCGGCCUGUUAUAUU